AUGAUUAUUGUCACAUUCUUUUUUUCUUUCUUCUUUUAUAAAUAAUAUCAACUUUGAACUAACUUCAUCACAUUGAUCAUAAAAAAAAAUUAAAGAUGGGAAGAACUAGAAUGCCAAGUUUUUGCCUAAAUAGAAUUAGGCCUCAUGUUCAAAUUCGUUCACCACCUAUACAAUCCAAAAACAAUAAUAUUAAUGAAGAGAAAAAUGUUCCUUCAUUAGCCAUGCCGGCACCGGCGCCGGAGGGAAAUGUUUCCGGUGAUGAAGUGGCAAAACCGACACGGGUAAUUGGCCGGAAAAUAAUGAUUUUAGUAGAUUCAAGCCUUGAAGCCAAGAAUGCAUUGCAAUGGGCAUUAACUCAUACUGUUCAAAGCCAUGAUUUACUUGUUCUUCUUUAUGUUACUAAACCUCCUUCUUCUAAACAAGAUGAAGAUUCCAAAAAGGAAAUUAAUCCAAGAAUUUUCGAAUUUCUUGCUUCCAUGAAGAAUACUUGCAAGCUGAAAAGACCUGAGGUCCAAGUGGAAGUAGCAGUGGCACAAGGGAAAGAAAAAGGUCCAAUUAUAAUAGAAGAGUGCAAGAAACAUGAUGUGGCACUUCUAGUCUUAGGUCAGAAGAAAAAGUCCAUGACGUGGCGGCUGAUAAUGAUGUGGGCCCAUAGCAGUCGAGUGGUUGGUGGUGGCGGCGGUGGCGGUGGCGGCGGUGGCGGCGGCGGCGGCAGCGGCAGAGGGAUGGUGGAGUACUGUAUUCAGAAUGCUAGUUGUAUGGCAAUUGCAGUGAGGAGAAAAAGCAAGAAACUUGGUGGAUACUUAAUCACUACCAAAAGACAAAAGGAUUUUUGGCUUUUGGCUUGAUUAUAAAUAUGGAUUAAAUUAAAAUUUGGUAUUAGUUCAUAGUGUGCUUCUUGUAAAUUCAUAAUUAUAGUAACUUAUAUGGAUUGGAAAGUGAAAUGGAAAGUUAAUGAGUCAAAAGAUAAUUGAGUUAUGACUUUAUGAGUACUAUUGAGUAUUGAACAAACAAAAAGAUUAGGAUGGUAUGAUAAGUAUUUUAAGUGUUGAUUAGUUAAAGUUAUAGGUAUAUAUUGAUAGCGUGUUUUGAUCAAACUUAUGUAUAUAAUAUUGGUAA